GGGUGGUAAGUAGAAGCCCCGGAAGGUAAGCGGGGAGUGUGCCUGUGCCCGCGGCCAAGGGCGUGGAUCUAACUGGAGGGCCGCGCCGCAAGCUCGGAAGAGGACAGAGGCAAGGACAUGACGCCCUCAUCCCCAAUCCUGGCCAGAACUGCGGCGUCUGGGUGUCAGGAUUGGGAGAGGGGCCAGGGGAUAGGUACUGGGGAGAGAGGGCGGUAGGACCCGGCGGGAAGCUUCCUUGGCCGGGGAGGGAUCCGGGCGGGAGGAAAAGAGGGAGGGAGACAGAAAAGGGGAAGGUGAUGGGGAGCGGGCGUCCGCACUUGCUGAGCCGCACGAGUUGCAGGGCUCGAGCAGACCGGACCUGGACUCUAUAAAAGGAGCCCAUCUGCUCUGCCGCUCACACGCUCCUCCCGGGCUAGCGCACGCAGCGUUCUUCCAGCUCCCCAAGACACCUGCCCCUUACCCGCGUGCCGCGCCAGGUCCCCCCGACCCGUGCGCCCAGCAGCAUGGCUCCAAGCGGUGCCUGUGGGACCGAGGUGGUGGCGGCGGUGGCGGCGCGUUGCGAGCAGCCGCAGCCCCAGACCCCGAAUACCCCCUCUGGCGGCCCCGUCUCCGCGGGGCAGCUCGCCGGAGUGGCCAGCGCGUGAAAAGAAGGGAGGGCAGAGCUCCCGCGCGAGGCGCGGCGCAGCGCGGCUCCCAGACUUCACCCCACCCAGCUCUGGCGGCCUAAGCAGCCGCAGGAAACUGCCCCAGUCUGGGGAGGGGGGCGGGAAUGCAAGACCAGGACUCCUGGCUGGCCUGCAAGCUUUGGUCUCGACAGCUAGGAAACUCCUGCGGGCCGAUUCUGCAGAUCGAGGAGCGCCCGGGUUAGGAGACUCAGCCCCGAGCAAUUGGGGUAAGAGACCCUACCUGGCUGAUGCUCCUUCCUCAAACAAUACAACGCCCUCCAGCACUAGACGCCUAGGUGGGAUUCCGAGUGGAGCGGGGGCUCGGCGGGCCAGUCCUUAGCAACCCAGGGCUAAGACGGGGCGUGGAGAGGAGCAGGCUGGGACGCGGCGGCAGCGCCUGGCGCACUGGAAGUGCAGAGAACGCGCUCGCCUGCCUAGGCUGCCGCGCCCUUGACCUCUAGUUUCAGCAGGAAUCUGGGUGGAGGAAUAAUUGAGGAGCCCACGGAACUGACUAGCAACCGGGAGACAAGACUGUGGUCUCCGCGGUCCUGCCGCCCUUUCCUUCGUUUGCUCCAUGCCCAAGAGCUACGCUCCAGAGCCGUGGCGAGGAGAGGCAUGGAAGAAACCGGCGCACGGUGCGCCCCGCCGCCGCCCGCGGGCUCCCAGACCGGGGUUCCUCAAGCCAAUCUCUCCUCUGCUCCCCACAACUGCAGCGCCGAGGGCUACAUUUACCAGGACUCCAUCGCCCUGCCCUGGAAAGUACUACUGGUCAUGCUGCUGGCACUCAUCACCUUGGCCACCACGCUCUCCAAUGCUUUUGUGAUCGCCACUGUGUACCGGACCCGGAAGCUGCAUACCCCAGCCAACUACCUGAUCGCCUCCCUGGCGGUCACCGACCUGCUCGUAUCCAUCCUGGUGAUGCCCAUCAGCACCAUGUACACGGUCACCGGCCGCUGGACGCUGGGCCAGGUGGUCUGCGACUUCUGGCUGUCGUCGGACAUCACCUGUUGCACUGCUUCUAUCCUGCACCUCUGUGUCAUCGCCCUGGACCGCUACUGGGCCAUCACGGACGCCGUGGAAUACUCAGCUAAAAGGACUCCCAAGAGGGCCGCGGUCAUGAUCGCGCUGGUCUGGGUCUUCUCUAUCUCCAUCUCGCUGCCGCCCUUCUUCUGGCGUCAAGCCAAAGCCGAGGAGGAGGUGUCGGACUGCGUGGUGAACACCGACCACAUCCUCUAUACCGUUUACUCCACGGUGGGCGCUUUCUACUUCCCCACCCUGCUCCUCAUCGCCCUCUACGGCCGCAUCUAUGUGGAAGCCCGCUCCCGGAUUUUGAAACAGACGCCCAACAGGACCGGCAAGCGCCUGACCCGAGCCCAGCUGAUAACCGACUCCCCCGGGUCCACGUCCUCGGUCACCUCCGUUAACUCGCGGGCUCCAGAUGUGCCCAGCGAAUCCGGGUCCCCCGUGUACGUGAACCAAGUCAAAGUGCGAGUCUCCGACGCCCUGCUAGAGAAGAAGAAACUCAUGGCCGCUAGGGAGCGCAAAGCCACUAAGACCCUGGGGAUCAUACUGGGAGCCUUUAUCGUGUGUUGGCUGCCCUUCUUCAUCAUCUCCCUAGUGAUGCCUAUUUGCAAGGAUGCUUGCUGGUUCCACCUGGCCAUCUUUGACUUCUUCACGUGGCUGGGCUAUCUCAACUCCCUUAUCAACCCCAUCAUCUAUACCAUGUCCAAUGAGGACUUCAAACAAGCAUUCCAUAAACUGAUAUGCUUUAAGUGCACAGGUUGACUUGUCAGUUGCAAUGAGGUAGCCUGAGCGGCCUUUGGGGACCAUGUUGGGUCUGGUUCCACAGGUAGGUCGACUCUUCUUUCACUGUUACUGGGUCGGAUUGAGACUCUGUCUUCUGGGCAAGGGCAGUGGAUCCUGAGAAGCCAGGACAGCCCUGAGAGAGAGAGAGCUC